GUUCUCUGCCACGAGCGUGAUAGGAACCCUCCGUCCGUGACUCAUUCAAAUACUGUUGUAAACACGGCAACAUAAUUUGAAGAAAUACGUGUAUCUGUUUUUGGUACUCCGUAAAGGAUAUAUGAGACAUCGGAGGACAGUGACGGCCAGAGGGAAGAAUAUACGAACGGAUUUUUGUUUCGUUUUAAUUCCAAAUUUCAGGUGUCGCUUGUACGGUGGGAAUAGUCGCCUACGUGUGCUGCCAUUUUAAGCGUUUGGAUGGGCGUGUUUGGUCUGCGAGCAAGUUUGCUUUUUCUACCAUGUUAGAGGUUUAAGUUGAUAGUCAAACGCUUCGUCAGACGACGUUUAUUACCUUUGGUGAGGUAUUUAGCCUUUAGUUUUGCCGUUGUCGUUUUAGGCGAGUAGCCUUUGCUUUCGAAAGAAAAGGGGCUGCCCGCGUGAUUUUUCGCGUUGAUCAAGCGGGGCUUCGCUUAAAAAAAAAAAAACAUGUCGAGUUACAAUUGCCAUCGGCACGUAACUUCCCCCUCUGUGUCUGGACCGAUCCGUCAGAAGUUGCAUUUUACGUCUAGCGACGGAGAGGACGACCCCAUAGAAGACGUGAACAUCAGCACGGGAGCCGAGUCCGGGUUCACGGAGAUGGACUCUCCGAUGCACGGCCGACGGGACGCACCCGACAAGCGGCUGGGGGGAAGCAGCCCGUUGAACCGUACCGGGGACGAUGAUGUGGAGCUGUGGGACGAGGAGGAUUUCUGUUCCCCGUCACCCUUCAAAUGUCCCAGCAAUGUUAUGUUCGCCAACUGCUCGCCUUCGCCUCGGAAAAGCUCUCGGCUGUUCAGCGGCCCGCCAGAGCGCCCAUACGUCCGGGACGAAGGGGAGAGCUCCAGCUACCGAGUCCCAGACUGUCCCGACACGCCUCCGCACAAGACGUUCAGAAAACUUCGCCUGUUUGAUACACCGCAUACACCAAAGAGUUUGCUGUCCAGAGCCAGAGGGUCCAGUGUGGGAUGCUCUAGUCGGAGAGUGGCCCUGUUUAAGAAUAUGGAGGCGUCAGGAGAGGCAGUAACGGAUAGCACCGUCAAGAGAAACCAGACUCCUCUGGUCAACUUCAACCCUUUCACCCCUGACUCUGUCCUCAUCCAGUCUGCCACAACACGGCGAAACAACAGGAAGAGGGCACACUGGAAUGACUCCUGUGGGGAGGACAUGGAGGCAAGUGAUGGUGAGGGAGAAGACGAGAUCCUCCCACCGUCUAAGCGGAUCACCAUGAUGGAAGGCAACAUGAUGUCCAGAUAUGCUUCAGAGUUCCAUGAGCUGGAAAAGAUUGGCUGUGGCGAAUUUGGUGCAGUGUUCAAGUGUGUGAAAAGGUUAGAUGGCUGCAUUUACGCCAUCAAGAGAUCCAAGAAGCCUCUAGCAGGAUCAAUAGACGAGCAAAAUGCUUUGCGGGAGGUGUACGCCCAUGCGGUGUUGGGCCAACACCCCCACGUGGUGCGCUACUACUCGGCAUGGGCUGAGGAUGACCACAUGCUCAUCCAGAACGAGUAUUGCAUUGGCGGUACGCUCUCCGAUGUCAUCACUGAAAAUUACCAGCGGAUGCACUACUUAUCGGAACUGGAACUGAAGGACUUGCUGCUGCAGGUGGCGCGGGGCCUCAAGUACAUCCACUCUACCUCCCUGGUGCACAUGGACAUCAAACCAAGCAACAUUUUUAUUUCUCAGAGGUCUGUAGCCAGCUUUGAGUGUGAUGAGGAUGACGGCCUGACCACCAGUGUUAUCUACAAAAUAGGUGACCUUGGUCAUGUGACCAGAGUGAAUGAUCCACAAGUAGAAGAGGGUGACAGCAGAUACCUAGCUAAAGAAGUUCUACAGGAGGACUACAGUAACUUGACGAAGGCGGACAUCUUUGCCCUGGCUCUUACUGUGGUCAGUGCCUCAGGGGCGGAGCCUCUGCCUACCAAUGGAGACAAGUGGCAUGAGAUCCGUCAAGGGAAACUACCCUCUGUCCCCCAACUUCUCUCGUCAGAGUUCCUGAGUCUUCUCAAGCUGAUGAUCCACCCUGAUCCAGCCAGGCGGCCGUCAACCUCUGACCUCAUCAAGCACCCAGCGCUCCUGACAGCUGCCAGGAUGAGUGCAGACCAGCUCAGAGUAGAGCUCAAUGCAGAGAAGUUCAAAAAUGCCCUGCUCCAGAAGGAACUGAAGAAAGCUCAGAUGGCCAAGGCAGCAGCUGAGGAAAAAGUUCUGUCCACAGACAGGAUCCUGACCCGCUCCACAGUUCAGUCCAACCCCAGGAACUCCAGGCUCAUUGGCAAGAAGAUGAACCGAUCGGUCAGCCUUACUAUCUACUGAGACUUCGCGUUUCUUCCAACGGAGGUUUCGGACGGUUUGACUGGAUCAUGGACCUUGAAAGGGGCUGCUUAGUUAAAACCGUCUUUAUUUUUGAAGAAAAGUUUGUUUCAGAGAAAACUCAUUCAGUCAUAUGAAUGAACUGAACUGUCAAAAUCAGCUGAGGCUAUAGAUUUGUUGCCAAACUCCGUUCUGACUUGAGCUCAUUUCUGAAUGCUCGCCCACUCAGUGUAGUUCAAACUGUUGCCAAUAGACUUUUACCCAGAAACACUGUCUCCUCGCAGGUAGUUGAUGUACCUACUACGCCUUUUCAUCCCUCAAAGUUCCAUAAAUAUCAGGCUCUUCGUCUCUGGACUUCUUCAAAUAAAGCCUAAGACUAACUGGUGGUGGACUGGAGUCGCAGCAAAGUUCUCAACCAGUGUGAAUGUACUAGCCUGCAGCCAUGUGCACCUUAACUGCCUGUCAAACGCCUGAUGUUGGGUACAAGAAGGUCUGAACAAAUGACAGUUGCUGUGUAUGAAAAAGCACUUUGGAGGCAACGAGUGGAACUUGCCGUAUCAAAAAAAAUGAUAACCUGCUGCUAUUGUUGUUUUGUCUGUACUAGGGCCUGGUGGGUUUCUGACCGUUAAUCCAGAAAUCAUUGGCUCUUAUUCCAGGUAGCAAAGAAUCCCUUCCUCCCUCAUUCUGAUCUAUUUGUGGGAGUGAAGCAAUAUAUUGUGCUUUCCUUUUUUUGUCAGUUUUCUCCCCAGUUGUAUCUGGCCAAUUACCCCGCUCUUUUUGAGUCGUCCUGGUCGCUGCUCCACCCCCUCUCUGCCGACCCAGGGGGCGCCCCGACCGACCAGAGGAGGCACUAGUGCAGCGACCGGACCAAAUGCCCACAUCCAACUUCCCACCCGCAGACACGGCCAAUUGUGUCUGUAGGGACGCCCGACCAAGCCGGAGGUAACGCGGGUAUUCGACCCAGCGAUCCCGUGUUGGUUAUAUUGUGCUUUCUGAUAGAAAAAAAUCAGAUGGUCCAGUGCACCAAAUACAGUGAUCUAACCUACAUAAGUAAGGUUGGAAAUGGUACAUAAGAUUUUAUCUCUCUUGUUGAUAUGAGCUGCCAGCCCUGCCUGUAGCAUUAGAACAAUCAUUGUCCUGUUCAUAGGAUUCUCAUGUUCACAUUUCAUUUCUGCUGUCCUUUUUAAUGAAGCAAGACUUUACAAUUACUGUUAAGAGAAGUAUUCUCAUGUUCUUGUAACCCUGAACAAAACCUUGUUCAUCCUGUACAUAAUGUUCUUUUAAUAAAUUCAAGUUCAUCAAA